UACAAACGACGCAUUCCCAUGACAACGAGAAAGUUAACUUGGAGGCAGAGUGCAGCAGUUCAGCGGGCUCCGGAGUCUCCUUGGAAAAAGCACAAUUUGUCGACAUGGCUUUACCGCUUCUCCCCGGUUAUUCUUUUAACACGAAUCUGGGGAAAGAGAAGUUCCACAAGUCACAGCACUUUGAUAUUUCCAAUGGAACGCCGAUGAUGGUAGGCGAGGAGAAGCCGGGCAUCGGUGGCGAAUUGCUGCCUGGGCAAACGAUUCGACCUAAAUUCUCAGUCUACCCCAAGGGAGAUGGCAGUGCUCUUCCAUCCUGGGUUGCUUUUGAUAAACAGGUACUCUGCUUUGAUGCCUACUUUACAGAGUCUGUGCCUGAAAGUAGAGAAGAGCUCUCCAGAGUCAGAUACUGCAGAAUAUAUUUUUACUUGGAGGAUGACACUAUUCAAGUUGUUGAGCCAGAGAUUCAAAACAGCGGGAUCCCACAAGGAACAUUAAUUCGGCGGCAUCGCAUCCCUCUUCCACCACCCAACGAUGACCAGUUUUAUACAGUGGAGUGUUUCAACCUAAACAUUAAAGUUGAAUUUUACUCCAGAGCCUUCAACAUAAUCAACUGUGACCAAUUUACCAGUAACUUUUUAAGAAAGCUUGGUGUGCGCUUGAAUUCUCCAGUCUUUCCUCCUGGGGAUUCUUACAAUUCCAUACGGCAACAGAUGAAGGACAGUAUGCAGCCUUUAAGGCCUCUUGAGCGCAUUGAUACUCUAAAGCAGUUUUUGGAACAUGACCGGGAAGUCCUUCAGUUCUUCUGCCACUGGGAUGACACAGAUGAGAUGUUUGGGGACUCUCGGGAGCUUAUUCUUCAUUACUUCCUUGCGGAUGAUACAGUUGAGGUUCGAGAGGUGAUCAAACCCAAUUCUGGAAGAGACUCUGGACCUGUAUUCCUGCAUAGGAGUAAGUUACCCAAGCCUUCAUCAAUGAGGAUGCUAAAGCCUGGUGAAAAGACAGCUCGCACAGUCCUGAAUGUGUUUGGCCCUAUGGGACAAGGGGGACGCCACAUUCUGGAUAGUCUGAAGACUGGAGCUGUUUAUGAGGAAUUUUAUAAGGACUCUGAUUUCAUAAUUGGUGCUACGAUAAAUGUGUGGGGAAGGAAAAUUAUCAUCUGUGACUGUGAUGCAUUCACUCAGGAACAUUACCGGACAAAGUUUGGAAUUGAUAACUUUACUCCAUUCACCUUCAAGCAAUCUGUUACACGUAAAGUAGAGAGAGAGAUACCACCUUACAAUGGCUUUGGAUCAGAAGAAGAUUCUCUUUGUUCAUGUCAAGGUCUUCUUCCUAAACCUCCACAGAAAGAUUUCAAGAAGAUGAUGGAGAAAGACAGACAAGGAUUGGAGAGCAAUGUCUUACGAUUUGUUGGCAGACUUGUGACUGAUUCUCCAAUUGACGUGGAACGAAUAUUUAUUAUAUCUUAUUUUCUUUCUGAUGAUACCAUUUCUGUGUUUGAACCUCCACAGACAAACUCAGGUGUAAUUGGAGGAAAGUUUUUGGAAAGAAAUCGGAUCAAGAAGCCAGAUCAAGAACUUUUCAAGAGUGAGCUCUCAGAAUACUUUAAGGCGGAGGAUCUAUAUGUGGGGGCUAGAGUAUGCUUUUAUGGACAAAACUUCCAGCUGAUGAAUGCUGAUGAGUAUACCUUUAACUACAUGGAAAGACACCCAGAUGAGUUUCCCAAAGCUGAUAUAGCUACCAUAAUAAGCAAGCUAAAAAACAUUGCUGAACCAAAACUGAAGGAUAUCCGAAUAUCAUUUGUAAGGAACGAUCCAUCAAACACAGGAACUAUUUUAUAUGGUCCUUUCAGGAAUCUCCUUGCAGAGGUGGCAGAGGGUCAACUUAGUGAACAUGAGAUCAUGACUGUUGGGCGCCACUAUAGUAGUCGGGAGCAGCCUGAAAUAGAUAUGAAAAUCCUGCUCACUAUGGCUCAGGAGCAGCUGAGGAGAAAAAGUUUUGAGGACUUCCCCAGACUGUUGAACUACUUCAUACACAAAGAUAAAACCAGGAAAGGCAUGCUUCCCACUGAGGAAUGCAGGACAAUUUGCAAAGCCUUCAAGCUACCUGUAGCUGAUGAUCUUCUGAGAGCCAUUCUGACAAAAUUUGAAAGUGAAGACAAGCAACUAGAUUACAAUGUGUUUUUGUCAGAAAUAAAUUGGAGGGACAAUCCUUUACCUUUCUAUCAAUCAGAAAAACCAGUUAAGUUUGUUCCCGACUGGAAUGGAGAAUCCAGCCCUCAUGCAGUGAUAAGUAUCAGCUACAAGAUUCUAAUAGAGGAUGUCUUUGGAAAACAAGACUGAGCUGUUAAUAAUCUUUUUGCAGAGUUUUUCUGUGUAAUGGCAUCACAAAACCUUUAACGAUGUGAUUAUUACCUGGCUGCUUUUACUAGACUAUUUUCCAUUUAAUAAAACUAUAUUUUGACCUGAAA